AUGAGCGGGCGCAAGGCUUUUAUCGAGAUCCUCAAAAAACAUCGAUUGACCAUCGCUGACCUGCGAGCGAUGAACACGUUCCAAUUUAAUGGCGCAAGGUUUUAUGAGCUUUUAAAUCAAGAGUGGUGGGCCCCAGGCCAGGCCUUCGCUUGGUUCUUGAAAACCUACAAGAAUGGGGUUCUGAAAAGACUCGAUUUCAACCACAUCAAGAUUAGCGACGAGGGUGCCAAGGCGCUAGCAUCCGCUCUUAAUGUCAACGAGACGCUCACCGACCUUAAUCUUGACGGCAGCUGGCGACCACACCCAAGCCUUGGCCAUUCCAGGGAUGGGGCCCUCAGCAUUAUGCGUGUCGAGCGGCAUCGCAACAAGCUCACCUCGCUCGGUUUGAUAAACUGCGACAUCGGCCCGUCACGGGCCGAUGCCGCAGAGAUUGCCGACUUCGUGUCGGUCAGCGAGGUGCUGGAAACUCUCUCUCUCACGGACAACUUCAUCGGCAACGAUGGCGCCGUCGCGAUCGCCGAGGCGCUCAAGGUCAAUAGGGUGCUCACCACCCUAAACCUCGAGAACAACGGCAUCUGCAGCGAGGGCGCCGCCGCCCUCGGCAAGGCGCUCGAGGUGAACGGGAAGCUGAAAAGCCUCAGCCUCAGCUUGAACGGCAUCCGCGACGCGGGCGCCGCUGCGAUCGCCGAGGCGCUGCGCUUCAACGGGGUGUUGACCGCCCUCAACAUCAACUGUAACAAGAUCGGCGACAGGGGUGCCAAGGCGCUCGCCUCCGCUCUGCACGUCAACGGGAUGCUGAAAACACUCGACCUCGGCAGCAACAACAUCGGCGGCGAGGGCGCCGUCGCGAUCGCCGAUGCCCUUCAAAACAACGCGGUGCUGACCACUCUUGACUUGUCGGGCGACCCAUACACCAGCGGCAUCGGCCCCGAGGGUGCCAGCGCGAUCGCAGAGGCCCUUAAGGUCAACGGGGUGCUUACCACCCUCAACCUCUCGGAGAACUACAUCAGCACCUCCCUCAACCUCUCGGAGAACUACAUCAGGGACGAGGGUGCACGCGCCGUUGCGCUGCUGGCCUCCGCUCUUCGCGUCAACGAGGGGCUGAAAAUACUCCAUAUCAGAGACUGCGGGUACUCCUUUUGCAAGGCGAUUCGAGCUGCGGUACAAGGGCGGGUAGGGUUCAAGCUUGAGGAAUGA